AUGGCGCCAGUGAUUGAAGAGAUGACUGUGGAGACAACAACCCAGAAAGACGUCGUAGAACGUGAAGAGCUGGUUUGGAGCAGAAUCCGCCAUACUUUCCGGGAGCCAUUCGCAGAAUUUUUCGGCGUCUUCGUUUUGGUGCUCUUCGGCAAUGGGUCUGUAGCCCAAGUGGUUCUUAGCAAAGGCGAAAAAGGCAGCUACCAAUCUAUUUCGUGGGGUUGGGGACUGGGUGUGAUGCUCGGCGUAUACACCGCGGGAAUCUCUGGCGCUCACCUCAAUCCUGCUGUCACCCUGGCCAAUUGCAUUUUUCGGAAGUUCCCGUGGAGGAAGUUCCCCAUAUACUCGUUGGCCCAAAUUCUAGGCGGAUUCUGCGCCUCUGGUGUCGUAUACGCCAAUUAUAUCACUGCCAUUGACUUCUAUGAGGGAGGUCAAGGCAUCAGGACAGUCGGGCUAGCCACUUCCUCGGCCGGCAUCUUCUGCACUUACCCAGCACCAUUUGUGACUCGAACCGCUCAGUUUUUCUCUGAGUUUAUUGCCAGCGCCAUCCUAAUGUUUUGCAUUUUUGCGCUUCUCGAUAACGGAAACUAUGGGGCUGGGAAAAUGACACCUCUAGGACUCUUCUUCGUUAUUUUCGGCAUCGGAGCAUGCUUUGGAUGGGAAACCGGCUAUGCCAUCAACCUGGCCCGAGAUUUUGGCCCACGCUUGAUGUCAUUUGCUCUGGGAUAUGGACGUGAAGUCUGGUCCGCUGGAAAUUGGUACUUUUGGGUGCCUAUCGUCGCUCCGUUUUUAGGUUGUGUGUUUGGUGGCUUCUUGUAUGAUGUCUUCUUAUACACGGGCGAUAGUCCCAUUAACACGCCGUGGAUGGGACUCAAACGCCUUUUGCGACCUACGCCUGCUGUAUGGUCGAACACCAAGUCGGAUACGAAAGGGAUGUAUAAUGACUUCUACCCUUAUGAAAUUGGAUAUUAG